AUGGCCGGCGGGCGGGCGGGCGGGCCCCGGGGGCUCCUCCGGGGACCUCUCUACGAGAGACUGGGUCUCCGUGCAUCUCUGUCAGCGCAAACGUGGCUCUGUGCCUCCGUGGAUCUCUUCUCCGACGUGUCUCUGUGGUGUCUCCACUCCGUGUCUCUGUGGAUCUCAAAACGCUGGGGGUUUUGGGGUGGGGUCCCAGAGCAGGUAGCCACGGUGGUCGGAGCGGUGGUCGGAGGGCUACUGCUGCUGCUCUUUGUCGGAGCUGUGGGCUACUACCUCUGGAAGAAGCUGUGUCCCCCCGCGGCCUACGAGGAGCUGGCCGGAGAGCCGUCGCCCACCGCCCACACAGAGCACACGUGUCUCCAGCCAUCUGCGGCCCCCCGGACCAAAGGCGGCAGCAAGGAGCAGGGAGUCCCAUUCGUCGUUCCUCCCUCCUUACCCAGCCGGGACUGGAUCACGCUGACCCGUGGGAAGCGGGUUCAGGAUGACAACGACCGCUACCUGGCUCCCGACUCCCUGCCUCGGCCCUCCUUCCACUCCUUGGCGGGUGCGGAGGUGGUGGGUGCCCUCGACCCAGACCUGUACAAGCCUUCCGAGGACCGGAGCGAGAGCGACUUCCCCGAGGGCUGCCUGGGGCGGCUGUGGUUCUCGGUGACGUACGAGCCGGAGGCCGAGCGGCUCCUGGUGGGGCUGAUCCGGGCGCGGAGGCUGCGGGCCCCGGCCGACCCCUGCAGCCCCCUGGUCGAGCUCCACCUGCUACCCGACGAGCGGCGCUUCCUGCGGUCCAGGCCCAAGCGCAAGACCGACAACCCUCAGUUUGACGAGAGCUUCGUUUUCCAGGUGUCCAGCAGAACCGUGACUCAGAGGAUCCUGAGGUUCUCAGUGUACCAUGUGGACAGGCAGAAGAAGCAUCACCUGCUGGGACAGGUGCUCUUCCCCCUGAAGGCCGAGGUGCUGACCAGCGACAGCCGGCCCGUUUUCUGGCGAGACUUGGAAGCGGAGAGCCUGGAGCCUCCCUCUGAGUUUGGGGACGUCCAGUUCUCCCUCAGCUACAAUGACUACCUGGGCCGGCUGACCGUGGUCGUGCUGAGAGCCAAAGGCUUGAAGUUCCUGGAAGGCAGAAACAUUGUCAGCGUGUGCGUCAAGGUGGCCCUGAUGAACCACAACAAGUUCAUCAAGAGCAAGAAGACCUCUGCCGUCCUGGGCUCCCCCAACCCGGUCUACAACGAGACGUUCAGCUUCAAGGUCGACCCGGUGGAGCUGGACACGGCCAGCCUCAGCCUGACGGUGCUGCAGACCCUGGAAGGAGACAAAAGCCACCAUCUGGGGCGUGUGGUUGUCGGGCCCUUUAUGUACGCCAGAGGGAAAGAGCUGGAGCAUUGGAACAAAAUGAUCAAUAAGCCCAAGGAGAUGGUGAAACAGUGGCACGCGCUCUGCCCCAGCACCUAGCCCCGACUCGAAGGGACCGGGACGUCUUCUCCCCCAACGGACGCUGUUCCCUCACCACCCCCUCCGACGCGGCGUCGGGCUGUCGGCUUCUCAUCCGAGCCCCUAAAUGGUACUCGCCGUUACCCAGUGCAGAGCCCGGCCCGUGGCAAAAAAUGUCCACCCGUUCUCUUCUCGUGGGCUGCUCUCCUGCUUCUCUUCAUCUGUGCAUGCCUUGAUGUAACACUUCGCAGGCCCGAAGAACAAAUAAGUUCUGAGUACAAGAACCGGGAGCGGGGUUAGUGUAAGCACUUCACUUAGGCAACCUGCCCCCCAGCUGAGGGUGGGCGCCCACUCAGAUAUCGUUGAGCUUGGAGUGUGUUUGCGGAGAGAGGGCUCUGGAAAGAAGCAUGGGCAUUAAAGGAGUUAGGAAAUAUCGCCCAAGUGACCCUUCCAUAGAGGGUCCGAGAAACGUGUUUGAAUAAAGCGUUGGGUGAAGCAGCUUGGGCUGAGCCACAGCUAAGCUUCAGGAUGGCCUGCUGGGCUGGGAGACUUCAGGCCUCAUAGCUGAACCUCCUCCCUGAGAUUUGGGCAUCAGGAAUGGGUUGGGAACAGUCCAAGGGGGGUUGAGUUCUAAAAAUGGAACCAAAUGAGUUUGGAACGAGUGUUUUCUGAGCAAAGAGAACACAUGAGUGCCCAGCUGGAGGACUAGCGGAUGGGAAUUUGCCAAGGCAAAGGUCUCAGGGCAGCUUUAGGGUGAGGGAGUGUCUCCUGGCUAGAUUUAGAGCCGUCUUCCCAAGGUGUUUGGGGGAGAGGAGAGUUUUCAUCUGCCGAGAGCUGUAGAAACACCUUGGCUUUUUUUCACCUGUCUCAAGCCCCUAGGUACACUGCUCUGUUCUCUCCCAGGAGUUGAAACACUUAAGAACCAACUCUCACAGUCUCCUGCAAACUAAGCAAGAAUAAUACAGAGGUUUCCAGUUUGAAUUUUAGAAGGAAACUGAAAGAUGGGAAGUAAUAUGUAGCGAAGCAUUUUGAAAUGGAAAACUCACCCGCAUGGAUGUUAUACUGCAUUAACUUUAUUAAAUUCAGCUAUGUCAAGUGGUAAUGCAGGUAAACAGAAAGCAAAUGUUUCCAAUUUUC